AUGGUCGCGGCACCGGCAUAUGCGCAGGCCGGCGAUGCCUCAAUAUCGCCAUCCGCCACCUACACAUCCACUACCGACAGCAUACGGUCCUCAUCACAUCAAAACGACAAAGAUCGACGCCCCUAUGCACAUUUCGUCGGCGGCGCAUUGGGAGGGAUGAGUUCGGCGGUAUUGACGGCACCUUUAGAAGUACUCAAGACUCGGUUACAAAGCACAUUCUACCAGGAUCAUCUCUCAGCGCUGCGAACAGCAAAGGGGAUCCCUCAUCCUAGCCAGAUGAAUUUGGCUCGCGCAUCCGUCCUGCACAUCACCGAAACGAUGCAGAUUCUAGGCGCAAUUCCAAAAGUCGAAGGAUGGCGAGCACUGUUCAAGGGUCUAGGACCAAACCUGAUCGGCGUGGUCCCCGCCAGAGCGAUCAACUUCUGGGCAUAUGGCAAUGGAAAGAGGUUAUACUCAGAGACAUUCUUCCAGGGGCAGGAGUCGACAUACGUCCACAUGCUCGCCGCCGCGACUGCAGGUAUCAUCACCGGGACCGCAACAAAUCCAAUCUGGGUCGUCAAGACGCGCCUACAACUCGACAAGCAAAACGCCUCUGGCGCAGGCCAAGGACGACAAUAUCUCAACGCAUGGGACUGCCUCGUGAAGACGAUCCGACACGAAGGCAUCCGUGGUCUCUACCGCGGUCUCUCCGCCUCAUAUCUCGGCGUGAGUGAAAGCACUCUCCAAUGGGUCCUCUACGAACGCGCCAAAGCCAGCCUCGCCCGCCGCCAAGCGCUCCUCGACGCAUCAAAUCGCGAACCAAACCUCUGGGACAAAACCGUCCAAUGGACCGGCAAGCUCACCGCCGCCGGAGGGGCGAAGUUCGUUGCCGCACUGAUCACGUAUCCCCACGAAGUCGUCCGGACGAGACUUCGUCAAGCGCCGGUGGAUGCGUCAGGCAGGAUGAAAUAUCACGGUCUUCUUAAUUGUCUGACCACCGUGUAUAAAGAGGAGGGGAUGGCUGCGUUAUAUGGUGGGCUAGUACCGCAUAUGCUAAGAGUGGUGCCCAGCGCCGCGAUCAUGUUUGGAGUGUAUGAGGGUGUUUUAUGGGGAUUGGGGGAGAGUGCCGCGGUGUAA